CGAUCCCAGCCCAGCUCCCGGUCACGAUCCCAGCCCCGCUCCCGGCCCCGCCAUGGGGGUCCCGGCCUUCUUCCGCUGGCUCAGCCGCAAGUACCCCUCCAUCAUCGUCAACUGCGUCGAGGAGAAGGCUAAGGAGUGCAAUGGAGUCAAGGUUCCCAUCGACACCAGCAAGCCCAACCCCAACGAGGUGGAGUUCGAUAACCUCUACCUGGACAUGAAUGGCAUCAUCCACCCUUGCACGCAUCCAGAAGACAAGCCAGCACCCAAAAACGAAGAUGAAAUGAUGGUGGCGAUUUUCGAGUACAUCGACAGGAUCUUCAACAUCGUGAGGCCGAGGAGGCUCCUCUACAUGGCCAUAGAUGGAGUGGCCCCACGUGCCAAGAUGAACCAGCAGCGGUCGAGGAGAUUCAGAGCGUCGAAGGAGGGCAUGGAGGCUGCUGAAGAGAAGCAGAAAAUAAGACAAGAAAUUCUGGCCAAAGGUGGCUUUCUCCCUCCAGAAGAAGUGAAGGAGAGAUUUGACAGCAACUGCAUUACCCCGGGGACGGAGUUCAUGGACAAUCUGGCGAAAUGCCUGCGCUAUUACAUCGCCGACCGCCUCAACAGCGACCCGGGCUGGAAGAACCUCACCGUUAUUUUGUCGGAUGCCAGUGCUCCUGGUGAAGGGGAACAUAAAAUCAUGGAUUACAUUAGGAGACAGAGAGCUCAACCAAAUCAUGACCCAAACACUCACCACUGUCUGUGUGGGGCUGAUGGUGAGUUCUCUCUUGCUAGAAAUGUGUCCUGUUAAGCUUCCUUGUGCUGUUCUGGGAUUGAAUUGGACUGUGUCUCACUUGGGAAUGUGUAAAUAGUCCGGUGGAUUUGUCAGUUUUGGAAAGCUGUGUGUAAUGGAUGGGGAAGGGUCCAGCCCUGCCCACAGCUCCCUGGGGUUGUCCUGAGGGGGUGGUUUGUGGGUAAAGCACAUUGGUGUGUUCAAAUCAGUCCAGCAGUUUAAUUAC